AUGCCUCAGUCCCCGGGGGUGAGCCAGUGUGCUGAGGAGGCAGCGAUGGACAUGGCGGUACAGCAGCCCCGUGAUCUGGUGGGCUGCUUCACCCUUCUGCUGCUCUAUGCCUGUGUCACUGGGAACCCCUCUGUCCCCCUCCGUCUGGUGAAUGGGAACAACAUGUGCUCCGGAAGAGUGGAGAUCUAUCAUAACUCCACCUGGGGCACCGUCUGCGGCAGGAGCUGGGAUAUCAAUGCGGGGAACGUGGUCUGCAGGGUGUUGAACUGUGGGACAGCACGGUCAGUAACAACAGCUGUCUCCUACGGAGAGGCCACUGGGAACAUCUGGCUGGAUGGGGUGACGUGUAACGGGACAGAGCCUGCCCUCGACCAGUGUCCUGCCAGCCCUUGGGGGGUGAAUAACUGUACACACGGAGAAUACGCUGGAGUCUCCUGCUCAGGUCCGGUGCCCGUUCGUCUGGUGAAUGGGAACAACAUGUGCUCCGGGAGAGUGGAGGUCUAUCAUAACUCCACCUGGGGCAAUGUCUGUGGCAGGAGCUGGGAUAUCAAUGCGGGGAACGUGGUCUGCAAGGUGUUGAACUGUGGGACGGCCUGGUCAGUAACAAAAGCUGUCUCCUACGGAGAGGCUACUGGGAACAUCUGGCUGGAUGGGGUGAAGUGUAACGGUACAGAGCCUGCCCUUGACCAGUGUGCUGCCAGCCCAUGGGGGGUGAAUAACUGCACACACAGAGAGUUCGCUGGAGUCUCCUGCUCAGGUCCGGUGCCAGUCCGUCUGGUGAAUGGGAACAACAUGUGCUCUGGGAGAGUGGAGGUCUAUCAUAACUCCACCUGGAGCACCGUCUGCGGCAGGAGCUGGGAUAUCAAUGCGGGGAAUGUGGUCUGCAGGGUGUUGAACUGUGGGACGGCCCGGUCAGUAACAACAGCUGCUUCCUACGGAGAGGCCACUGGGAACAUCUGGCUAGAUGGGGUGAAGUGUAACGGGACAGAGCCUGCCCUCGACCAGUGUCCUGCCAGCCCAUGGGGGGUGAAUAACUGCACACGCGGAGAGUACGCUGGAGUCUCCUGCUCAGGUGAGUGUGGGUGGGGCUGGUACUCUCUCAGCAGGGUGGGCUUCAGGCGGGGCUCGGACCGGUGCCCGUCCGUCUGGUGA